AUGGCCUCCCAGAACCCUACUCUGCUUGAGUACGCCAGGUUUUACAACAUUGCAGAAGACUCUACUCGUUAUUGUCCUCUUAACUAUGUCGAUGAUACCUGCGAGCCAACGCCUCCUAUUCCUCCCAUCUUGGGUCUCAACCGUGAAAUCCCCGAAGAACGUCUGAGAGAAGUCGACCGACGCUUCUGUACCGAGCUCAUGUUGGACAAAAUCCCCACAAAGACUAGUGACAUGGAAUUUCUACGUGACUGUAUGAACAUUGAUAUUGAAAACAAGAACAUCUGGCGUGGUAUUCUUCCUGAUGUGAAAACAUCUGAUUCCACCCCUGAGCGUAUUCUUUUUACACUCGAGCAAGAGAAAACCCUCUCUUUGCCUGAGUUCAACCCGGCUUCCUGUCAAGAUCCGUUCUCCCCUUCAGCCAGCUUGCAAAUGACUCCACUCCCCCCUCCGUCGCCGUCUCCUAGCCUUCCUGUUGGCGUGAUUAUCCCGAGUGGACCUGAUGUGCACCACGUUCCUGGCUUGUUACGUCCAGUCUUUGAUCAAUUCAAUUCGGAUGAUAUGCCGCACGACAGCAAUAUCGCCGGGAUGACUGUGACUGUCAAUACAGCGGUGGAACCCCAGGAUACCAACCCGGCUGCUCAUCUUGCUGGAGAUGCCUUCCCCAUUGUAGGCCCAUCAGGUGAACCGUUUCAGUUCGUGAGCAUCGAGUCGGAUCCUCUGCCCUUUGACCCCGACGAGGAAAGUGAGGAUCAGAGUGUCUCUACAUCCGAGCAACCUACCGAAAAUGGAUCCAGUGCAUUCCCAUUUGAGGACGCCGCUACGCGCACACCUGCGAUGUUCGAUGUCAGUCUAUGCAACCAAUCUCAACCAGCCCUCCAUAUUGUUUCUUCCAAUCUAACCAAAGAGAAAGAUUCCUCAGGUCCCAGACUUGACUCCUCGAAAGCGCAAAUGCCCGGACUGUUGAAGGAAAGGAAAGGACAUAAUGCCUUUUUGAAACCGGGGUCGGAUAGUGUCAUGGCCCAUGCAAAGAAGGGAAUUCUGUCAACGUCUACCCAUACGAUUCACGAAAGCAUGUCGGUCACGCCACAGAUUAACUGCUCCAGUUCAUCUCUACCUCUCAUCGGAGGUAACCAACGCAACCCUCAGCUAGCACCUGUCUCGCAGAAUACCAAGGAUGAUGACAAUACUUUCAAUGCUUCUGACAGGGUGAAUCUCACUAUCACUGCGGCAAAUAAGACGUGUACCGUGGCUACCAGCCCCUCCCAAAAGGAAGGGUCACGCAUAGGACUGGAGGAUAAGUCAAAUUCAGCAAAAGCAAGGAAUGACUUGUUCAAACCUCCACAAUGUCAACAGGCUGGUCCUGCCGUAAUCUCGACCAAGACCUCGGCAAGAUGCAGUGCACACUUCAGUGGUCUUGGGUCUUUGUCCAUGUUCAUGGAAACUAGAAGCAAUAAUGGAUCUAAGUAA